AUGCCUGCCUUCAACCACACCGAUGGAUCAACUAAUCAACAAGUCUGUGUGUUUCUCUGUAACAUGCAAAUGAUCUCAUCACCAUCUCAGAUGCUCCUGGCAUUUCAUACGGAUUUAUUUGAUAAGGAAUUUAAUCUGAUGACUACCGUGUACUGUCAAAGUGAGCAAGACAUGGCGCUACUCUGCAGCUAUUCACAACCAGGGAUAACUAAGGAUUUAGCUAGAAAGAUUGGUAGAAAAGGAAUGAAAUUCACUACAAAUUUAAAAAUUAAACUAAAUGCCUGCACAAAAGAAUCCUCCAACUCCUCCUCUAACAUGGAUUCAGACAGCUAUGUUGAAAUGCAUGAUAAAAAAGCCCAAGUAUACUCUAAAGCACAGAUACAAGAUAUCACAAAGGAGCUACAUUGCCCACUGUGUCAAGACUGGUUCCGUGAUCCACUGAUGCUAACCUGUGGCCACAACUUCUGCCAGACCUGUAUCCAAAACUUUUGGAAGCCGGAAGUCAAAGAAACCUUCUGUCCUGAGUGUAAGAUGCUGUGUAAAUAUAGCAACUGUACAUUCAAUAUUGUAGUGGAGAAGCUGGUAGAGAAGAUUAAGAAGCUACCCCUCCUCAAGGGCAAUCCACAAUGCCCAGAACAUGGCGAGAACCUGAAACUGUUCAGUAAGCUAGAUGGAAAACUGAUCUGCUUUCAAUGCAAGGAUGAUCGGUUGUCUGUGGGACAGUCUAAGGAGUUUCUGCAGAUCUCUGAUGCUGCUCGUUUCUUCACGGAGGAACUUAACAUCUUUCAGAGUCAACUGGAGGAAACGCUGAGGGAGCUUCAGUCCCUGAGGAAUAUGCAGACGGAUGCUAUUGCUGCUUACAAGGAAAACAAGCUUCAUCUUCAGCAACAUAUCUCUCUGGAGUUUCUAAAACUGCAUCAGUUCUUGCACGGUAAAGAAAAGGAAGUUUUAAGUGAGCUUCGGGAAGAGGGGAAAGCCCUGAAUGAGGAGAUGGAACUAAAUUUGAACCAACUUCAGGAGCAAUGUCUACUAACCAAGGAGAUGCUGGUGAGCAUACAGACACGGAUGGAACAGCAGAACGCCUUCGACUUUCUCAAAGACAUCACAGUUUUCUUAGAUAGCUUGGAGCAAGGAAUGAGGAUGCUGGUACCUAGAGAUCUUGUCUCCAGAAAGCUGAAUCCAGGGCAGUUCAAAGGUCCUAUCCAGUACAUAGUAUGGAGGGAAAUGCAGUCUACCCUCUCACCAGGCCUAUCUCCAUUAACUCUGGAUCCUAAAACAGCUCACCCAAAUCUGAUGCUGUCCCAAAAUCGAACCAGUGUGUGGCAUGGUGACAUUAAGCAGGCAAUGCCUGAUGAUCCAGAGCGGUUUGACUCAAGUGUAGCUGUGCUGGGCUCUAAAGGUUUCACAUCUGGAAAGUGGUACUGGGAAGUAGAAGUAGCAAAGAAGACAAAGUGGACAGUUGGAGUCGUCAGAGAAUCCAUUAUUCGGAAGGGCAGUUGCCCUCUGACUCCUGAGCAAGGAUUCUGGCUUUUAAGACUAAGGAACCAAACUGAUCUAAAGGCUUUGGAUUUGCCUUCUUGCUGUCUGAAACUGACUAAUGACCUCAACAAGGUGGGCAUAUACCUGGAUUAUGAAGGAGGGCAAGUAUCUUUUUACAAUGCUAAAACCAUGAACCACAUUUACACCUUCAGUAGCACUUUCACUGAGAAAAUUUAUCCCUAUUUUUGCCCCUGUCUUAAUGAUGGUGGAGAGAAUAAAGAACCACUGCAGAUCUUACAUCCACAGAAUUAGUCAUACUGUUAUAUUAAUUUGGUGUGUUAUUAAAGAAGGUAUUGAAAUAGUU